AGUACGAUUGGGGAAGUUCCGGUAAUAGACAUUGCAAAGGCAGAGUGAUGAUGAGUGCUGCAGUGAAACAGCCGUCUAAAAUACCUACCAAAAGUUCAUCUGGGCCUGGCGGGGGAAAUGUUCCGAGUGGUCCCGCUCUUCCUUUGGCAUCCCCACUCAUGGGCAAAAAGAAGAAGCCAUUUCUUGGAAUGCCAGCGCCUCUCGGCUAUGUUCCCGGUCUGGGCAGAGGUGCCACAGGUUUCACCACACGAUCUGACAUUGGUCCUGCUCGAGAUGCGAAUGAUCCAGUGGAUGACCGCCAUGCACCGCCGGGGAAGAGGACAGUGGGUGAUCAAAUGAAGAAGAGUAGCCAGGAUGACGAUGACGAGGACUUGAACGACACCAACUAUGAUGAGUUUAAUGGGUAUGCUGGUAGCCUGUUCUCAAGUGGGCCUUAUGAGAAGGAUGAUGAAGAAGCAGAUGCCAUUUAUGCAGCACUGGACAAGCGGAUGGAUGAGAGACGGAAGGAAAGAAGAGAGUUGAGAGAAAAGGAGGAGAUAGAGAAGUAUCGUAUGGAGCGGCCCAAGAUCCAACAGCAGUUCUCAGAUCUGAAGAGAAAGCUAGCUGAGGUGACGGAAGAAGAGUGGUUGAGUAUUCCAGAUGUGGGUGAUGCCAGAAAUAAGAGACAAAGAAACCCACGUUAUGAGAAACUCACGCCAGUGCCCGACAGCUUCUUUGCUAAACAUCUUCAGACUGGAGAUAACCAUACCACUGUUGACCCUCGACAAGGGCAAUUUAGUGGUUUGAACACGCCUUUCCCUGGGGGAUUAAACACACCAUAUCCAGGGAGCAUGACGCCAGGAGCUGGAGAGCUGGAUAUGAGAAAGAUCGGCCAGGCCAGAAACACUCUGAUGGACAUGAGGCUCAGUCAGGUUUCUGACUCCGUGAGUGGGCAGACCGUGGUGGACCCUAAAGGCUAUUUGACCGACCUCAACUCCAUGAUCCCAACACAUGGGGGUGAUAUCAGUGAUAUUAAGAAGGCACGUCUGUUGUUGAAGUCAGUGAGGGAGACAAACCCUCACCACCCCCCUGCCUGGAUUGCCUCUGCACGUUUGGAGGAGGUUACUGGCAAAUUGCAGGUGGCCAGAAACCUCAUCAUGAAAGGAACGGAGAUGUGUCCAAAGAGUGAGGAUGUAUGGCUGGAGGCUGCUCGUCUGCAGCCGGGAGACACUGCAAAGGCAGUAGUUGCUCAGGCUGUACGUCACCUCCCUCAGUCUGUGCGCAUCUACAUUCGAGCAGCUGAGCUUGAGACAGACAUCAGGGCCAAGAAACGAGUCCUGCGCAAAGCUCUGGAGAAUGUAUCUAAAUCAGUGCGCCUGUGGAAGACAGCUGUUGAACUGGAGGAGCCAGAGGAUGCCAGAAUUAUGUUGAGCCGAGCUGUGGAGUGCUGCCCAACCAGUGUAGAGCUCUGGCUUGCCUUGGCCCGGUUAGAGACUUAUGAGAAUGCGAGGCGUGUUCUAAACAAGGCCCGUGAGAAUAUUCCAACAGAUCGUCACAUCUGGAUCACAGCUGCCAAGUUGGAGGAGGCCAAUGGCAACACGCAGAUGGUGGAGAAGAUCAUUGACAGAGCAAUUACUUCAUUGAGGGCCAAUGGGGUUGAGAUCAACCGUGAGCAGUGGAUUCAGGAUUCUGAGGAGUGUGAUAAAGCUGGUAGUGUGGCCACUUGUCAGGCUGUAAUCAGAGCUGUCAUUGGCAUUGGCAUUGAGGAGGAAGACUGCAAACACACAUGGAUGGAGGAUGCAGAGAGUUGUGUGGCUCAUGGUGCACUGGAAUGUGCUCGUGCCAUCUAUGCCCACGCGUUGCAGGUCUUUCCAAGCAAAAAGAGUGUGUGGCUGCGAGCAGCUUACUUCGAGAAGAGUCACGGCACACGAGAGUCUCUGGAGGCUCUUCUGCAGAGGGCAGUCGCUCACUGUCCCAAGGCAGAGGUGUUGUGGCUGAUGGGGGCCAAGUCCAAGUGGUUGGCUGGAGAUGUCCCUGCAGCCAGAAGCAUUCUUGCACUGGCCUUCCAGGCCAACCCCAACAGUGAAGAGAUUUGGCUGGCUGCUGUGAAGCUGGAGUCAGAGAAUAAUGAGUAUGAGAGAGCUCGCAGACUGCUUGCAAAAGCCCGUAGCAGUGCUCCCACUGCCAGGGUUUUCAUGAAGUCUGUGAAGUUGGAGUGGGUACUGGGGAACAUUUUGGUAGCCCACGAACUGUGCUCUGAGGCCUUGAGGCACUAUGAGGAUUUCCCCAAGCUCUGGAUGAUGAAAGGCCAGAUUGAGGAGCAAUCUGAGAACAUGGAUAAAGCCCGAGAUGCCUACAACCAAGGGCUGAAGAAGUGUCCCCACUCUAUGCCUCUGUGGUUACUGCUGUCACGUCUAGAGGAGAGAGUGGGCCAGCUCACACGUGCUCGUGCUAUCCUGGAGAAAUCACGCCUCAAGAACCCACAGAGCCCAGAGCUAUGGUUGGAAUCAGUUCGGCUGGAAUACAGAGCAGGCCUAAAGAACAUUGCGAACACACUCAUGGCUAAAGCCUUACAGGAGUGUCCCAACUCAGGAAUCCUUUGGGCUGAGGCUGUGUUCUUGGAGGCUAGACCACAGAGAAAGACCAAGAGCGUUGAUGCCCUGAAGAAAUGCGAGCAUGAUCCCCAUGUUUUACUGGCUGUUGCAAAGUUAUUCUGGAGUGAGAGAAAGAUAACCAAAGCUAGAGAAUGGUUCCUGCGCACAGUGAAGAUUGAGCCAGACUUGGGUGAUGCCUGGGCAUUUUUCUACAAAUUUGAGCUACAACAUGGUACAGAGGAGCAGCAGGAGGAGGUGAAGAAACGCUGUGAGAACUCCGAACCCCGGCAUGGAGAGUUGUGGUGUGCUGAAUCCAAACUCAUUCUCAACUGGCAGAAAAAGAUUGGGGAGAUCCUUGUUCUUGUGGCUGCCAAGAUCAAGAACACCUUCUAAAGUCUAUUAACUUGUACUUGUGCAUAUUUUGCAAUUAGUAUUUUAAUGAACAACUUGGAGCUUUGAGAGUUUUUGUGUGUGUCUGUUAUCACUUGCACAUUACACCUGGAUCUGCCUAGAACAGACACUUAAGAAAUAACUGUAAAAUAAGACUAUGGUAUUUUGAUACGAGUAUCCACUCCCAUCUAUUGGCAUUUGAAGGGUCCAGUCAAUCCUGCUUUUGUCAUCUGUGCAUUUCUGAGGUGGGUGAAGUGCAGCCCUGAAGUAACUAUUUGUCAGCUCACCGCAUUUUACGGUAUUAAGUGAUUGAGUGAAUUUGCAAUGUGCAAACUGUGUUAAAUUGGAAUAUGUUAACUGAAAUAAAUGUGAGUAAAAUAAAGGCAAACAGCAUUUUCAGAAUGUCAGUGGAUUCGUAGCUUCAUGUAUGUUCGCUGAAUAAUGCUUUAGUAUGUUGGGAACGUUUGGCUGAAACUACUGUUGGAUGAAAGAACUGUAUGCGUCUUGUGUUCAUCAUGGCCAUCAUCUGCACAGUAACUAGUCUUUAAAUGCAGUGACUGAAACCGAAAGAAGACGUCAGUGAUUGAUCGCAGAUGUUUACUCAUCUUGAUUAGGCUGGCAUUCUGGUGUAACCCUAAGUGCGCCACCACUAAUCCAUGAUGGCUGGGGAAUUUGGCAAUGUUUAAAGAAAAGUUAGACACGUGAAGACAAUGCUUGCCAAAAUGCCUACACUUUAUGGGCUGUGCUUUGUUUGUUCAUUCAUUCACCUUUCUGCGUCAGACCUUUGAACCACAAGGUUCAUCUGCAAAGCCAUUAAAUGCAUUUACCAAGCGUCAGUAUAGUGAAGCCAAAGGUGCCCUUGUGCAAGGGUGCAGUGAAGCUUCUGCCCUUGCUUCAAUAUUUGAUGCGUUGGGAGUGAGAACAUUGCUUUAGGCAGCGUGACUGAGUGCACAACUCCAUGAAGCUAUGAAUGGAGGCCCAAACUUAUGCAGGGGCACGAACCAUGUAAACAGUGCAUACAACAGGUCCUACAGAAAACGAUGACAAAAUGUAACAAAUUUAUAGCCGUGUUAAUUUGUAUUUUAAUAGUGUAUCUUCAAAUAUCAAAACCACAUUCAUUUCCAAACAAGCAAUCAUCUUAACACCUGCAUGAUCAGGGUUUGAGUAUACUGUGCAAUAUUUGCAGGACUGGGGACUCCCAAUUGGUUUUUACAGCCUGGACAAAAUCGUUACAAAUCGUUUAUGCUUGUAUAGUCAUGGUGUAGAUCAUGAGUUAUCUUGCGAUCCAAUCCAAGUAUUUUUGGCAUGCCAAAAUCAUUAGGGUGGUGUUUGGGGUUUUUUUUUUUUUUUUUUAAAUUUAAUUUUGUGUGCUAGAUGUCAGUAGAACCCAUAUGGCAAUUUAUGGUCAUGUUGACCAAUCAGGAGGUUUAUAUGCUCCUUCAAAUAUUGUUGCUUAAUUUAAUCACCUUGUCGAAUUAUGGCCGGAGAAUCGUUUCCUUAGGAAAAAUGGUUUGACAAGGGAUCUUUAAAUUUAGAUUAAAGGUUCCUAGCUACAUUAAGCGGUUCUACUUAGAAUCCGCUCUAAUUGGGGAAAUGCUCACUGUUUAUGAUUGUCAUAUUUGGCUGUAUAACCCUGACUGUUUCUCCCAGAGGGACAAGCAAAUUAACCUAGUAUGUUUAACCGUUUUUUCUUGAGUCAGUGCACAAAUACUCCGGCCCAAAUUUUAUACUUCCAUACCGAAUAGUAUGUUUAAAAAAACUGAGAAAACAAGAAAACAUAAUGAAUUUAGAACUAAUUUAUGACAUGGUUCAUGACAUGCUAGCUCAGAAUAGUAUGAUAAUCAAUAGUCUUAAUCCAUAAUACUGGCUUUAAAGUGUCCCACGUUACCUGAGGGCUACUUAAAACACGCAUGCACAAAGAAUUAAAUGAGAAUUUUGCAACAAUACUUUGUAAUUGACCAUCCAAGAAUCAUUUAAUAAAUAUGUUUUGUUUUGAUGA